UGACAACAAAAAUAAAACUAUUUUGAUAUUUAGUUCAAUAGUUUGGAUAUUCUGUGUCAUCGUAUAUAUAAUAAAAGUGAUAAUCAAAUAUUUUGACACAAAGACGCCGAUUGAGGUGAUGUCCAAAGGAGUCCGCACUGACACUGUUAUUAACGAACAGAUUAACAGAUAUGAGUGUCAAUUAUUCUUCAGCGGUGCCACCGAUGGCUUUAACACCAGCGAUGCAAUCAUUGCAGUCGAAUUGAUUCACAUAAAGAAAAGACAAAAAGUAAAAUUGGCAAAACUUGACAUUAAUUUACAAAACAAAACAAAUAUUAUUAAAAGUGAUUGUAAAACAAGUAUUAUAGGAUUGUUUGUCAUUCUUCGACAUUCGCCGUUACCAAUGAUUACCAAAAUUAGAGCCAUUCAUAACAGUUCCAAAAAUUCAAAAAUAUUCUUCGAUGGCUUUGAAAUCAAUAAUCAGAUGACAGGUGAGCGAACAUUCUUUGCCGUCGAAAGCUAUAUUGAAAGCACUGAUUUGGAUAAUGCAAUCGUUCAUAACGUAAAGCCAACAAAACUAACAUUUUUCUCCAAACAAACCAUUUUUCCCGAUUUUAUUAUUAUUGAUUACGAGUCAUAUGGGGAACCUAUUAAUGUAUUGGUUGAUAGUCCCGAUGAGAUCCAUGCCGUCAAACUUGAACCAAAAAUCAAUUGGUUUGAAUCAUUAGUUUUCGGCAUAUUUCUCAUACAAGUAAACAUAACAAUUAUGGUCACACUAUUGACACAUUUUGUUGGCGAUAAAAGAGAUCUACAAACCGGGCAUUUUGUGAUAACAAUUUUAGUGUCCAGUCUAUUGGCAUUCAUUAUCACCCAAAUCACAGCCUUUGCCUAUAGGUUUGGUUUAAAACCUCAUUACAACUUACACUGUAGUCCUUUGAAACAACAGCUCAACAAAUCGUCAGUUUUGUGGCAAAUAUUUCGUUAUUCGUAUUUAGGAUUUUAUAUUAUUGUCUCAUUAAGUCUAUCUGUUUUUGACAUUUAUUAUUCGCCACACAAUUUUAAGAUACAAAUGCUUGGAUCCUCUGAUGAUUACAUGACUGAAGUAUUGUCUUUAUUGUUGCUUCUUGUCUUCAAUGUAAUUGUCAUUUAUUUAAUAUGGAUACCAAUAUUUAGUGUCAUUAGAUUUAUCUAUCGAUUGUCGGCAUUAAGUCGAGCAAAAUCUAAAUCUAAUGAAUCUAUUGAAGACUACGAAACAAACAUGAAAUCUAUUAAAGAAGAGAAAUCUGAAAAGUUUGAAAAGUCUGAAAAGUCUGAAAAAUGGGAAAAGAAGUGUCAGUCACCAAAUGAAACCAGAAGUCGUUUGGAGGACAACAUCACUGAUGACAGCUAUUCAAAGCAAAAGACACUCAACACCGGCAGUAUUAUCGUAAAGCCCACCAAAUCAGUCGGUUAUAUUGAUCCCGAAGUCUUCAAACUUACUCAAAGUAAAAUUGAUGCCACAGAUGGACAUAAAGAUCUUCGUAGAAAUAGUGGUAAUAACCAAAAGAAAAAUUAA